ACGUGCACAUGGGGCCCUCCAGCUUCAUCUCGCGGCGCCACCUCGAGCUCGCCUUCCGCGCCCCGCACUUCUACCUGCGCUGCCUGGGGAAGAACGGCGUCUUCGUCGACGGAGCCUUCCAGCGGAGGGACGCCGCCCCGCUCCAGAUGCCCCCCCAGUGUACUUUGCGAUUCCCUAGCACGGUCAUCAAGAUUCAGUUCACGUCGCUCUACCGUAGAGAGGAAGUGAACGAGGAAGCAUCAUCGCCUCCACUUCGGCCCCUCUAUCCUCGGAUCUCGCCCCUUAAGAUACACAUCCCGGAGCCGGAUCUCCGGAGCUUGGUCAGUCCCCUGCCUUCCCCCACUGGCACCAUCAGCGUCCCCAAUUCCUGCCCAGCCAGUCCUCGUGGGGCUGGUUCCUCAGGUUACCGCUUUACUCAGAAUAUUACCUCGGACCUACAGCUGGCAGCAGAAUAUGCGGCAAAGGCUACUUCAGAGCAGCAGGCAGACGUGUCUGGAAGAGACAGUCCGAAGGACGACUCGAAGCCACCCUAUUCAUACGCCCAGCUCAUCGUUCAAGCCAUCUCCUCCGCUCAAGACAAGCAGUUAACACUAAGUGGGAUCUACGCCCACAUCACCAAGCAUUAUCCGUAUUACAGGACAGCUGAUAAAGGCUGGCAGAAUUCCAUCCGGCACAACUUGUCCCUGAACCGUUAUUUUAUUAAAGUCCCACGUUCUCAAGAGGAGCCUGGCAAAGGGUCCUUCUGGCGCAUCGAUCCUCCUUCGGAGAGCAAACUGGUGGAGCAGGCCUUCCGAAAGCGGAGGCAGAGGGGGGUGUCGUGCUUCCGGACCCCCUUCGGGCCUCUCUCUUCCCGGAGCGCCCCGGCCUCUCCCACACAUCCUGGCCUGUUGUCUCCUCCCACAAGUGGCCUACAGACUCCAGAGUGCCUCUCCCGGGAGGGUUCGCCCAUUCCGCACGACCACGACUUCGGCUCAAAAUUGGCCUCUGUCCCAGAGUAUCGGUAUUCGCAGAGUGCACCCGGCUCGCCUGUAAGUGCCCAGCCAGUCAUCAUGGCGGUCCCUCCUCGCCCCUCUGCCCUCAUCACCAAGCCGGUGGCUUACAUGCCAGCCUCCCUGGUAACCUCUCAGCCGCCUUCGGCUCACGCCAUUCAUGUCGUACAACAAGCCCCGACGGUGACCAUGGUCCGGGUUGUGACCACCUCCGCCAGCUCCGCGAACGGAUACAUCCUGACCAACCAGGGGCCAGCCAGCGGCGUCCACGAAGCAACCGGAGCUGUCUUAGAUUUGGCCGGGAGGGAUGAGAAGCCCACCAUUGCGUUUGCAGCCAUCCCCACUGCCAGCCGCGUCAUUCAGACCGUUGCCAGCCAGAUGUCUCAGGGUGUCCCGGGGCAAACGGUCACCAUCUUCCAGCAAGCCACGCCCAUGACCAUCGGGCAACACCAGCUACCUGUCCGAGCGGUGACGCAGAACGGGAAGCAUGCCGUCCCCACCGGCAGCAUCCCUGGCGGCGCUUACACCCUCACAAACCCGUUGCAGCUCCUGGCCACCCAGGCCAGUUCGUCCCCUCCCGUGGUCGUCAGCCAGGUGGGAGAGGCCGGGCAUAAAGAGGUGGAAGAGUCGUCCAGCGAGCCCGAUGUGAAACGCCCUCGGAUGGAAGAAUCCCGAGGAGGAGGAGGAGGCGCCGUCCCCUUGCAGACCGGCAGCGUCAUCACGUCGACCGCCCCACCCCAGGGACAGCCUGCUGGCGAAUGAGGGAGCCCGAUCUUCGGGGGAAAAGCCGUGGCGGUGGCCUUGGCCACGCUCCCGAUGCUUCGAGAGCUAGUGUUUCAGAGCAAGUGUUGAACAGAGGGAGACCUGGUGAUCACGUUGUGUACCCGGCCAUGAAGUUUAUCAGGAAACCUUGGACCAGUCACUGUCUUCUUGUAACCUACCUCACAGGGUUGUUGUGAGGGGGGGGAAUAGGGGUGGGGGAAAUGGUGUACGCCACCUUGUGCUCUUUGGAAGAAGGCCAGAAUAAAAAUGAAAUAAAUUGCAAUCUUAUCAUUGUUUACUGCAUCGGGCUUGUACCAUUCCUCUACCUGAAUCCUCGGGCCGUCGGUGAUAUGACAUCAGCGGCCGUGUUCCUUCGAAUGCUGUAAUCACCAAGUUUUGAAAUGAGUUUCGGAAUCCGGGCAGGGAAUAAACCUGCUUUGGGCUACUCCUGCUCUUGAAUGGCGGUUCAAGGCCUUACAGGUACAUCUGCAAACAUCAAACUUGGACCCUCUUGGUCUUGCCUCUUUUAAGUCCAGAUGUUGUAGGGACCGAGGCAAAGCAUCCCUUUGAAAAGGUGUCCUGCAUGUUUUUUACGACCAAACGUGGGGGUUGUUGAAAAGAGCAAUUGCUUGUGUGUUUGUAGGGCAGUAAGAAUUAUUCUUGUUCGUGAGGAGAGUCCGAGUAGAUCUCACAGCCUUGAGAUGCUUUGGUGGGACAUGCUGCAUAAAACUCCCAAGAUCUGCACUUGGUAAUAAUCUUUAUUUGGCCAAACAGAUAAGGAUGAAAAUCACCGCAAGCUUUAGAGGUCACACAGAACCCUUUUUCAAGCGGAAUGCUCAGAAAAGCACAAGGGGCUUGAGGUUGAAACCACAUAACCUUCAUGCUGUUUUUAAGGUGAAAUGGUAAAGUAGGAUCUGCACAUUAUCACCAUUUAUAAGUUAGUAUGCCUGAAGAAGAGAUCUGUGCUGUUGAAAGCUUGCACAGUUUUUUUUUGUCCCAUUUCUAUUGGCCUAUGAAACAUAUUUCUCUUUAACCUUUUGGUGAAAGGAGGAAAGGGAAACUUUGCUGCUCUGUGUGCGGAAAUGU